UGUGGCAUUGAUCGCCCGCCAUACCCACACACGCCGCUGCUUCCAGCGUACGAGCAGGCGGAUGCUCUGACGAUGGCUCGUAUUUCUGUUGACUCUCACAUUAUGUCGCUGUGCGCCGCUCCACCCGGGCCCUCGGCAUCGUCCUGACCGUCUGUGUGAUCGGACCGACUCGAGGUGAAAGUCCCGAGCGUGAGAGCAGCGUAUUCGUGCCCCGCUGGAACUGGUGCAGGCGGCGGAAGCCUCCAUCUCUGCUCGAGACCUGUCUGGAUGAGUCCACUGCUAUGACUCGGAGCUCCUGAGGCUUUUUUCUUAAAAGAAUAUAAACCACCCAAACAUCCUUCUUGACUCUGAGCUUAUUCCUCCAUGGCUUCUCGCAGCCAAGGCUUCUUCCAAAACCACCACCACCACCACCACCACCACCACCGCAGCUCGGUGGUGCCCACCGCGGUGCCCAGGCUGCUGCCAGAGAACGGCAGCCUGCUGGGGGGCAUUGCACAGAUAACGCCCAACCUCUUCCUCAGCCGAGGCAACGUGGCGUCCAACCGCAGCCUGCUGCUGGCUAAGGGCAUCACCUGCGUGGUCAACGCCACCAUCGAGCUCCCCAACUUCAACUGGCCCCACCUGGAGUAUGUCAAAGUCCCACUGGCAGACAUGCCCCACUCUCCCAUCUCGCUGUACUUCGACAGCGUGGCUGAUAAGAUCCACAGCGUGGGGCGCAAGCGGGGGGCGGUGCUGGUGCACUGCGCCGCCGGUGUGAGCCGCUCGGCCUCCCUGUGCUUGGCGUACCUCAUGAAGUACCACCGCGUGUCGCUGGCUGAGGCCUACGCCUGGGUCAAAGCCCGCCGCCCGGUCAUCAGGCCCAACGGCGGCUUCUGGCGCCAGCUCAUCGAGUACGAGAGGAAGCUGUUUGGGAGAAACUCUGUUAAGAUGGUGCAGACUCCCUAUGGGGUCAUACCCGAUGUUUACGAGAGGGACCGCAGGAGCCUGGCUCCAUACUGGGGCCUGUGAGAGAGAAAGAACGAGCGAGCGAGCGCUUCUCCCAGCAGCGAGUGAGGAAUCGUCUGCUCCAGACAACGGGAGAUGCGUGCGAGUGUACAUCUGUCUGUAGCUUUUAAAUUGGAUUCAAGCUCACUUGAACAGAGGGAGCGUAAACAAGCCGUGGUUAUUGAUGGCGCUGCUGUUGAUGUAACUAGUCGCCUCCAUUAAGUGUUUAAGUGGGAUCAAGGCGGGCCCAGGAUCUUUGGGACCACAGCGAUGCGAGACACCGUGACCCAGCGCUCUGUGGCCUGUCACCACGCCGGCCUCCUUGACUCCAGCUCCUCCAGCUCCAGUGAAGCGCUGUUGCCUGUGCCCACGACUCUCUGGCUGAUGUCCUUUCCCUGACGUGAUGUCAUGUGGUGGUCUUGUGCCAGUUUUAUCUCAGUAAUCUUUCGUGUGAAGGGCGCCGUCAUGCUCUCAAUGUAUGGUAGCAUUUAAGUGUACAGGAAAAAAAAAGAGGUUUUAUUGGACUGUGUUGAAUGUGAGGAAACAUAGUUAUGGUGCACUUUAACUGAACAUUUACAGAUGCUAUUAUAUCAGCCUAUUUUAAGGUGAAACUAAAACAUAACAGGACGUGAAGUCAGAGGUUUAGGAAUAGCUCCUGUGUACCACAGGGUUGACUGCUCGGUCCCGUGGCCACACUAUGUUAUUGUAGUGCUAUUUGAUGCUGUAUUAAAAAGAUUUCUGCCGCCUCA